AUGGCAGAGCAUGAGCGCGACGGGCUGCGCUGCCUGGUGUUGGAUACAAAAGACCUUCAGAUACAUAAAGUGACCGUUAAUGGAGAGGAGGCAAAAUUUGUUCUUGGAGAAAGGCACAGUUUCAAAGGGUCACCACUGGAAAUUACUCUUCCUUUUGAACUAAGAAGGGGGCAAGAUGUAAUUGUGGAAGUUACUUUUGACACCUCCCCAAAAUCUUCAGCACUCCAGUGGUUUACUCCGGAACAAACAUCUGGGAAGAAGCAUCCAUUUCUCUUCAGUCAGUGUCAGGCUGCCCAUUGCAGAGCUCUCCUUCCCUGCCAGGAUACACCUUCUGUGAAAAUGACAUACUAUGCAGAGGUAUCUGUUCCUAAAGAACUAGUGGCUCUUAUGAGUGCUAAGCGUGAUGGAGAGAUGCCUGACCCAGACAAUGUCAAUAGGAAGAUAUACCGUUUCAGUCAAAAGGUUCCAAUACCCAGCUACUUGAUUGCUUUAGUUGUUGGGGCUUUGGAAAGCAGGAAAAUUGGUCCAAGGACAUUGGUGUGGGCAGAAAAGGAGCUGGUGGAUAAAUCAGCUUAUGAAUUUACUGAGACUGAAGACAUGUUGAAAAUAGCAGAGGAUUUGGUAGGGCCUUAUGUGUGGGAACAAUACGACUUGCUGGUUUUACCACCUUCUUUUCCUUAUGGUGGUAUGGAGAACCCUUGUCUUACUUUUGUGACUCCAACUCUAUUGGCAGGGGACAAAUCUCUAUCAAAUGUUAUUGCUCAUGAAAUCUCCCAUAGCUGGACAGGAAACCUGGUGACAAACAAAACUUGGGAUCAUUUUUGGCUAAAUGAGGGACACACUGUGUACUUGGAACGCAGGAUUGGUGGACGGCUGUUUGGUGAACAGUUCAGGCAUUUCCAAGCUCUAGGCGGCUGGAGAGAACUGCAAAAUACGAUAAAUACCCUUGGAGAGAAAAACCCUUUCACUAAACUGGUCCUUGAUCUGAACGAAGUAGAUACUGAUGUUGCAUAUUCUUCUGUUCCAUAUGAGAAAGGCUUUGCGUUGCUCUUUUACCUUGAACAACUUCUUGGAGGACCAGAUGUCUUCAUUGGCUUCUUGAAGGCUUAUAUACAGCAAUUUGCCUAUAAAAGCAUUGUAACUGAGGAUUGGAAGAACUUCUUGUAUUCCUACUUCAAGGAUAAGGUGGACAUUCUUGAUAAAGUUGACUGGAAUGCAUGGAUGAACACCCCUGGCAUGCCAUCAGUGAAACCGAAAUACGAUAUGACACUAUCAAAUGCUUGUGUUGCCUUGAGCCAAAGAUGGAUUGAAGCCACAGAAAGUGAUUUGAAAUCCUUCAGUUCAGCAGACGUGAAAGAACUGUCCUCCCAUCAAUUAAUUGAGUUCCUGGCACUGCUGCUUCUGGAGGCACCGCUUCCAGUGUCACAUGUAAAGAGAAUGCAGGAAGCUUACAACUUUAAUGCUGUAAACAAUUCUGAAAUAAGAUUCAGAUGGUUACGCCUUUGCAUCCAAGCCAAAUGGGAAGAAGCCAUUCCUUUGGCUUUAAAAAUGGCUACAGAACAAGGCCGGAUGAAAUUUACUCGACCAUUGUUCAGAGACCUCUACAACUUUGAUAAGUCCCGAGAUCAAUCUGUCAGCACAUUUCAACAGCAUAGAGCCUGCAUGCACCCAGUGACUUCAAUGCUGGUGGGCAAAGAUUUGAAUGUGGAUUAGUGACUAACUUCUUUAAUAGGCUGUGGCACACUACUUAAACAAAACUAACACCGCAGAUUGCACUUACCUUUAUGUCUGAUCAUCUAUCUAAUGUGUUCUUCUAUGGGAAAAAAAAUGACUUCAAUGUAUUUAGAAGCUGAAGUUAGAAAACUUAAGUCUUGUACCUGAAAUGAAAUUGGAAAACUGGUAAAUAUUUGGACAAGAGCUGAAUGCUUUAUUUCUAGCAACAUUUUACAUGUUUUAAGGAAAUGAUGGCUUUUUUGAGAUGCCAGUUACAUUUAUCAAUCAUGUUGGUUUUUGCAAAAUGUGGAUUAAAUCAGUAUACUAUGUGGACAGGCUCUCACACAGUUGAAGUCCUAAAAAUCUUUACAUAUUUGGGGAAAAAAAAUAAAUCACUUUAUCAGCAAACUACUUGGCCUGUGUCUUGA